AUGCCGGCCACUCCUAGAGGACUAAUGUUCUCAAUUGAAGAUAACGAGAUCACCCUUCUGCUUGGGGGGCUCGGUCUCAGCACCGAUUCAGCGGCGACGACGUGCUCUCAACGCUCCGACUUGUCUGCCGCCCUUCCCUCGAGCGAUUUGGAGGAGAGCGAUGACGACGAUGACAUUGAGUGGGGGGAUCUCCACUCUGCCAACGGCUUGCGAGCGUCCUUUUUCCGUUCUAUUCGUAUCGAUGACCCUACGGGACACGGCCUCUAUCCCGCCGUCCCCGGGGAUGACGAGCAGCGUCUUCACCGUCGUCCCACCAGUCCACUCAACAUUCGCAAGCGUGCCACACCUGUCAAAAAGGACGACAAAAUCCUCCACGAGGACGAAGGUACGCCAUCGUUGGAUCUCAGCCCAAGCCUCCUCUCAGAGUACUCCGCCGUCACUGUUCCAAAGGAUGGCCAUGAGCCGCGUUCUGACCCACCUUCUCGGCGCAUGUCCAUGAGCACUGCGGGGCCAAGUACCCCGUCGAUCACUCCGCUUCCCAUCUUUGCGCCACUCCCAUCAAUUCCACGCGUGUCCGACCCACUGUUCCACGAGACAUUGUUGUAUGCUUCUCAGAUCCCAUCACUCAACGUUCCCAUCCCGUCGCUGUCCCUCGGUCCGAUCCCAGUUCUCGCAGGACCAGAGAUCGUCGAACCCCGGUCUCGUCCCGUGCGUCGUCGCCCAACGUCGGAUCAACCCCAGGCCUCGCCGCGCGACGUUACAUCCACCCAAUGGGCUGGGUCUUCCCCCGCAGAGGCGCGUCCUCCCAGUGCUCGGCGGAGCUCUGAAGUGCCAUACUGCAACUCGGAGUCUAGUCACAGCACCGAGUAUCUGUACGACAAUGCGGACGCGGCCUCGUCUCACACUUCGUUUGUUUCGUUCACGACACCUCGCCCAGCACCGAGGAUCCCAGCUGUUGCCGGACCUUCGCCGUUCUCCACGCGUGCUAUUUCGCCGCUUUCAGCCACUCCCUUGCCGCUCCCAGUGGUAGAGUCCCCACCAAGCCCCACGAGUCCAAAGGGCUCAAAGCCCAAGUUUACCAACCGUCUCCCCAGGCCUGUGUCGGUUCCCGUGCCGGCGGACGAGUCACUGUGGCCGGCUGAGGAGGAGGACGAGCCGCAGUUUGACAGGCGCCCAUCGCAGCCCGAGGCCGACACGCUGUCACCCAUUACCCCGGCGCCAGUUCCGGCCAAGGCCAUCCAGAUGUUGGGCAUCACCUCGCCGGCCGACAGGCCCAUCCCGCAGCCCAAGAAGAAGGGCAACAAGUUCUUGGGCUCUCUCCGCCCUCCCACUUCGUCGUCGCGCACACAACCCACACGUCGUCGUGGCUCUGCGUCUCUCCUCAGCCCAGUCCUCAACAGCCCAGGCAUCGGUUUCGACAAGUCUGGCGACCUGUCGCUCAGCAUGGGCCAGGAGCAAGCCUCAGAGUGGCUCGCGCGUGACGAGACUGGGCCAGCCAGCUUUGUCCCCGUCGACAACAACGUGCGGUAUGAAGUGCCAUCCAGUCCGUUUGGCAGCGCGCUGCUCGGCCCCAGCUCUGCAGCGUAUGCUGCGCGCAUGGCCAACGAGGCCGAGCUUCUCGCCCCUCCCGCGUCUGUACGCAUGUCCCUGUCUGGACCGGCGUCGGCGUCGGCGUCGGCGCCCAUCUCCAGCUCCUCGUCCAUGGCGUUCAGCCCGCCCCGUGCCACCCACGUCAAGACGAAUUCCGGGUCCAUGCCCUCGAGCUACCACGGGCCACCGAGCUACCCUGUGGAAACGUUCACGCGUCCCGAGAACCCGCGCAAGGGCAGCGACUCGUCCAUCGUCUCCAGCGGCUCGUCGUACUCGACCGCCAGUGGCAGCUCGGCGGGUACGUUCCCAAGCUCGUAUGGGCGUACCCCCGAGUUCCAACAGCAAGGUACUGUCAACCGACCCGCGGGCGUCAACCGCCAGAGUCGAAGCUAUUCGGCGAGUGCUGGUGCGCGGUACGCCUCGCCUCCUGGCGAACACGACCACUCUCCGCACUUUAGCAGCUACGGCUCUCCUCCUCGCGAGCACGAGCUGCCCCAGCACCAUCGGUACCAGCAGCACAGGCAGAGCCAGCAGCGUGACCCCGCCCGCGACCGCGAGGCCAAGCAGACCACCAAGCACCGCCCGCCGCCCAUUGUCAUUGCCAACCCACAGCGCAGCCGGCCCCUCCCGUCCGUCGUCGAGGUCGGGCGCCACGCCCAGACUCCCAACCCACCACCUACCGCCACCAUGCGCGCGCCGUCGUCUGUGGGCCGGAACCGUGCGACGGUGGAGAUGAAACCUGCCCCCACGGGCGGCACACUCAACCGGCCGAACGGCAAGCCGAGCGUCAACCGCGGCGGCAACGUCAGCGUCAACGGGCGUGUGAACAACGCGUCCGCGUCCGCGUCCGCGUCGCCGCCGCCGAGCGACCCCCAGUUCGUUCCGUACGCCCAGCCCAUCGUCAGCUUCCAGGCCAUGCACCCCACCCAGGCCGCGGCCGCUCUGCCCGACUUCCUCGCCCUGCCCACUGCCAUGCUACCCGACUCGGCCGGCCCAUGGACCGCCACGCCGGGCUCGUACGGGUACGCCGCUGGCACGCCGCCCACGGCCGGCAGCACCGGCAGCGGCGACCGGGACCGACCGCGUAACCGCCGUCUGCAGCAGGUGCAGAACUCGCCGCUGACGCCGAACGGCGAGCCGAGGAGUUACUUUGAGCCGCCGACGCCGAGCCCCAAGGCCGGGUGGCUGGGCGGGAACGCGCUCAAGGGGUUCACAAAGGUGCUGGAUAACAGGGUCUGA